AUGGCAUUUCUGGGAGGAAGAGGACAGAGGGGAAUUGCUUCUGCAGCACCAGCGAUACAAGAAUUUCCUCGACACGAUAUCCCUCCAGCACCUCCAGCCUCGAGCCGGCGAGAGAAGAUCAAGAACGCGAAGCCCUUCUCGUCCUUCCUCACCGACACCUACCAGCGACAACACGACUACCUCCGAAUAUCCAUCACCGAGAAGUGCAAUCUGCGAUGCCUAUACUGUAUGCCGGAAGAGGGCGUACCUCAGUCACCAGCUCCAGAUCUGCUCACGACCCCUGAGAUAUUCAUGCUCUCGUCUGUGUUUGUCAAUCAGGGAGUCACGAAGAUACGGUUGACUGGCGGAGAGCCUACCGUGCGGAGGGACAUACUUCCAUUGAUGCACCAGAUUGGAUCUCUCCGUUCUCGGGGUCUGCGAGAGCUCUGCCUCACUACCAAUGGCGUCACCCUUCAUCGAAAGCUUGACGGCAUGGUGGAAGCGGGCUUGACAGGCGUCAACCUGAGUCUGGACACUCUAGACCCAUGGCAAUUCCAGAUCAUGACUCGGCGGAAAGGAUUCGAAGCAGUAAUGAAAAGCAUAAACCGGAUUUUGGAGAUGAACAAGUUGGGAGCAGGCAUAAAGCUGAAGAUCAAUUGCGUGGUCAUGCGAGGCAUCAAUGAGCGCGAAAUUCUCCCAUUUGUCGAACUGGGGCGAGAACAAGAUCUGGAGGUACGAUUUAUCGAGUACAUGCCUUUCGAUGGCAACAAGUGGAGCCAAGGGAAGAUGCUGAGCUACCAGGAAAUGUUGGAUAUGAUUCGAGCCAAAUACCCUACGUUGAGAAAAGUCCAGGAUCACAAGAACGAUACGAGCAAGACAUACGAGAUCCCAGGAUUUGUUGGAAGAAUGGGUUUCAUCACAAGCAUGACACAUAAUUUCUGCGGGACAUGCAACAGGCUGAGGAUCACAAGUGAUGGUAAUUUGAAAGUUUGUCUUUUUGGCAAUGCAGAAGUUUCGCUGCGAGAUAUCCUCCGGAAGACAAAUAAUGGCGACCCGAUUGAUGAGCAGGCUUUCGAAGCCAUGAAGCAAAUUGAGAUGAAUCGACGACAGGGACUUUCGACUGCUGGAGCUCCUCUCGGUUGGACAGAAUACGAACAAGAAUUGCUAGAAGUCAUUGGAUUGGCAGUCAGCAGGAAAAAGGAAAAGCAUGCUGGAAUGGGAGAAUUGGAGAAUAUGAAAAACAGGCCGAUGAUCUUGAUAGGUGGCAUUCGUCUCUACUCCUCUACUACCAAGCCUCCUUCAGCCAUCACCACCGAACCAAAGCUAACCCACCUAUCCUCCACCGGAGAUGCUCACAUGGUAUCUAUCUCCUCCAAAUCUCCGACAUCCCGCCUCGCAACAGCUGUUUGCAGCGUCCAUUUCUCAAACCCCACUCCUCUGCCACUCAUCCGCUCGAACAGCAUGAAGAAAGGAGACGUCCUUUCCGUUGCCAGGAUAGCAGGCAUCAUGGCUGCGAAGAAGACUAGCGAGCUUGUGCCGCUGUGCCAUCCGAUCGCUAUCGAGAGUGUGAGUGUCGAGUUAGUUCUAGCAGGCGAUCAAGACGAACAAGACCUUGGGGAAAAGACGAGUGUACCGUGGAAAGGAACAGGACAAGGUGAUGCUUAUCCUUUCCACACUGCAGCACCGGAGAAGAGUACGAGCUUUGGACGGAUAGAUAUCACGGCGAUAGUAGCAUGCGAUGGGAAGACGGGGGUGGAGAUGGAGGCGUUGACUGCGGCGAGUGUUGCUGCGUUGACGGUGUAUGAUAUGUGUAAAGCUGUCGAUAAGGGGAUGAGGGUUGAGGGGCUGAGGGUGGUGAGGAAGGAAGGUGGGAAGAGUGGGACUUGGGUCGAGGGAUGGUCUGUGGCGAGUGAUUAG